AUGGUCACCCACACCACUAUCCUCACCGCAAUCAUUGGCUUCAGUCUCCUGGCUGUGCCAGGAGUCGCUGCUCCAGCAGCCCUCGUUGCACCCUCCGUUGCUGCUGGCGAGUGGCUCGGCGGCAUCGACAUGCCUCGGGUCUGUAGGGGUCAGUACGAUGCCAGCGCCAUAGAUCUCCGAGUAGGAGACACAUGCAAUGACUGGCGUUGCGGCGUUCGUUAUUAUCCUUUCGUCACCGACGUGAACACUCCUGCGACAUGCACGAGGCAGUAUGGUCCUGGUGUUUAUGCUUGGUGCUCUGGUGGAUGGGACAAGUGGUUUUGCUAUAGGGCAUGA